AUGCGAGCGCCGCCGCUGCUGCUGCUGCUGCUGAUGGCGGCCGCGGGCCUGGCCGUGAGUCCGCUCGCGCGCCUCAACCCCUGGCUGAGCGCGUGCGACCUGGAGGAGGAGGGCGCGAGCGCCGAGUGCGGCGGCGGGCACGCGUGCGGCGGCGGCGGCGCGACGCUGGCGGGGCGCGACGUGCGGCCGCUGUGCGCGCUGGCGGCCGGGGCCCGCGCGCGUCGCCUGGCCGAGCUGCGGCUGCGCGCGUGCUGCGAGCGCUCGCCCGCGUCCGCGCUGGACCGCGGCGCGCGCGCCGAGGUGCUGGCGGGCGGGGACCGCUGCGAGCGCACGCUGCGCGACCUCCUCGCUCUGGACGCGAUGGUCGCGCGCGUGCACUGCGAUUUCGCCACCAUCCUCGAGCGCUACGACUGCGACCAGUCCUAUUCUAUACAUACGUGUAAUGAGUGCCAGGAGACGUACCGCCGGUGGGCAUGCAGCACGAUGGUGCCGCUGUGGGUGGAGGAGGGCGCGGAGGAGGGAGACGAGGGCGGGCGGACUCGGCGCGCGCCGGCCGAGCACGCGGCGCGCUGGCGGGCGCGGCACCUGGAGCGCGUGGGCCACCUGGACCGGCGGCGCGGGGCCGGGGGCGUGGUGGGCCGCUGGGUGCGCGCGGCGGCCGCGGGCCCCGGCCGGCCCCUGCUGCGCCUCAAGCCCUGCCUCGCCGUCUGCCAGCUCGUCGAGCAACACUGCCCCUACUUCCUGCCUGCGGACCGCGCGCCGGCCUACCCCACGCAAUACGCAGGCGAGCCGACGUUCCUAUGCCUUGAUCCACGUAUACCAGAAACCGGUGCUCAGGCCAACAAGUCCAACUACGGGGCGGACGAGUGCUGCUACUGGUACUGCGAUGGGCGGCUGUGCUACCGCUGCGAGGCGCGGCUGAGCGAGCCGGCGCGGCCGGAGCCCGAGCGCUGCGCCCCCGUGGAGGAGCGGUCGGCGACGUGCUCCGUGCCGUACCAGGCGCCGUCCGCCGGCGCGGCGCCGCGCCCGCCCCCGCCGCUGCUGCUGGCGGCGCUCGCGCUCGCGGCGCUGGUGCGGACUCGCUGGACACGACCCAUAUCUGUAGUGAAUGUGCGCGACGAGCAGUUAUAGUUUUACGUUCACGUGCGGCGCGCCCCGCGUUCCGCCCGCGCCCCGCCCGCGCUCCGCGCCCGCCGGACCACGUUCGAACCCUCAGUUAGUGCUGUACUUAUGAUAAUAACGCGGAGUUCGACGACGCCCGCGCCGCCGGCCGCCGCCCCCGACGCGCGGCGCUUAGAGACUGUAAGUUUAUGUCCGUGUCCGACUGUUCGAUGCGCAUUUAACGAAGAAACACCAAUGUUCCAAAAUUUUACUUAUAGGUUUUGUCUGGUGGAGCCGACAAUCCGGCCAAACGGUAAUAAUUACGUCGCGAAUCGUAAACGAAGAUAGAAAAUUUGCGUUCUAUAAGAUUAUAUAUUUUAAAUAGAGUUUUAAUGUUACUUAUUAUGAAUCAGAAGCACGCGUUGAUUUGAGUUAUUUUUGCUAUAAUAGUAUACCGAUAAUAUAGGCAAUAUUUUUGACGAGAUUCAUGGAAAGGUAGGCGGGAGCGUGCAUCAGCGCGCACUUCUGCUUUACAGUGAUCUAAUUUAUUCGUCCAUUAUGGCAUGCAACAUCUAAAUUGUGCGAAUCGUUUUGGUGUGAGUUUGUCAGACUGGCAGGUGAAGGGAAAGGACGAAUUGUUCGAAUACGGUCUAUAGUUCAUUGUAUCGAUUCAUAAUUUAUUAAAACACAUAGGUGCCAUGGUACAUAAUUAAGCUGAUAUAAUAUUAUGUGAAAUUAUGAAUUCGUACAACAAAUGGUGCAUGAUGUUUUAAUUAUUAUUUUUUAUCACUGUUGUUAUUGAAGACAAUUGAUUUCGUAUGAAAUAAGUAAACGUUCAUUAACUUUUUGCUACUUAUGACGUCACAAAGCAAAAAGGUUAGAAUAGACAAGACUUAUAAGUCCUUUUGAACAUAGCGACAAUAGUUACGUAAUGUUAUACUCUUCAUAAUUUUGUAGCAAUUUUUGUAUAAAGUAAAGAUAGACAAGUCGGUAGGCUACGGCAGAGUCGAGUUUCAUUGCAAUUUCAGUUUAUCGCAAAAUUAAAGUUUAAACAGCAUAAUUUUAUAGUUUUGAAAGGCUGUACUUUAAAGUUAAAUAAUAAUAAUUCAUAAUAAUUAUAAAUUCAUUACUGUCUAGUGAUUCAACUCACUAGUUUUGGAUUACGAGACAUUUUAGUCAAACCAAAUAUUCUCACUGCCGCACUCAGAGUG